AUGGAUCAAGAUGAUCUUUUCCCGAAUCGUGGUAGCUCCUCAUCUAGCACCCUACCCGAUAGUACCAGCUUGCGGUCAGUAGAUACUGAGCUGGUGAAAGAAGUCCUGGAGGCAACUGAUCCAGUCGAUCUAAAUCAUGUCGAUAAACUGCACUUCACCAAUUUAUUUGGUAUGCACCUAAAGCAAGAUCAGAGAGAGUUUGCAAGCGACUUUGAAAAGUUUAAUAAGGAGACUUUGAUGGAGGAGCGUUUGCGUUCCAAAGUGUCGAAAGUUUUAAGCUCUCAACAGAAAUCCAAUCAUCGACUUCGUGUCGUUGGAUCGUCUGACACCUGGGACCAGAAGUCUGACUCAAACUCGUUCAAGACCAUACCGUUGAAUGAAACCGAAUGGAACGAGAAUGUUCCUAUCGACUUGGAAAAGAACUUUGAGACUAUUCAGGAUGAUGUCUCGUCUGUGGAGAAAGGAUUCAUUCCAGUGUCCAGAAGGAACUUUGUAUCAGAGUGGUACCAUAAGCCGAAAAGAUACGAUAUUCAACGAAAGCUGAAAACCCGAAACUUGCUUAACAUUGCCCUCGGCGGAACUAUAGGAGUUGGUAUCCUUCUUUCUUCUGGAAAGGGCUUUAGUAUUGCAGGUCCUCUGGGAUGUUUAAUUGGUUUCAUGAUUACGGGAAUGGUUGUAUUAGCAACGAUGUUAUCCUUCUGUGAAAUGGUUACGCUAUUACCUCUAUGUGGUGGUGUGAGUGGCGUGGCUUCUCGUUUUGUAGACGAUGCCUUUGGGUUUGCUUUAGGCAUUGGUUACUGGUUUUCAUACACAAUAGGACUUCCAACGGAGAUCAUUGCGGCUACGAUUAUGCUAAGUUAUUACGAACAUCUUCAUGUCCCUGGACCAUCCACUUCAGCCUGGGUUGUGUUUUUCAUUGUGGUCAUUGUGUCAAUAAAUCUUUGUGAUGUUAGAGUCUACGGCGAAGUUGAAUACUUUUCAACCAUUAUAAAAGUGUUAGCAUUGCUGGUGUUGAUCAUUUUCAUGGUAGUCCUCAAUGCUGGAGGCGUUGCACCAAGCCACGAAUACAUUGGUUUUCGGUAUUGGGAUUCUUCCAAAACGAAUAGAACAGAGUUCAUAUCGAAUGGGCCGUUUCGACCUACUUUUGACUUGGCAGAUAAGGGUCUGGGGUCGUUCAAUGGAAUUGGAGGGAACUUGGGUAGAUUCUGCUCUGUUCUUGUAGCUUGCGUACUGGCAGCAUAUUCAUAUGUUGGGACUGAAAUUGUGUUGAUCGCAGGAGGAGAAAGUCAAAAUCCACGUAAAGCUAUCCCAGCUGCAACUAAAGUCAUAUAUUGGAGAAUUAUAUUUUUUUACAUGCUGGCAAUAUUCGUCAUUGGACUGAACAUCAACUCAGGAGAUCCUCGGUUACUUAGGUUUUAUACCGAUGGGGGUGCUCCAGCGGACUCACAGGAACAACAAGAUAUACAAUCAGUGAUGGACAGGAACAAUGGAAACAAUUGCCAUUUUACAUUAUUGAAAUGGGGAGGAUUUUCGAAUGGUAACCAAUCUCCAUGGAUUAUCGCUCUACAGAGUGCGGGAUUAUGCAGUUUUGCAGCCGUCUUAAAUGCGUUUUUAAUAUACUUUGCACUCACAGCAGGAUCAUCUCAGUUGUAUGCGUCAUCCCGAACUCUUUACUACCUAUCAAUUCAAGGAAAGGUACCGAAAGUCUUUGGAAUCUGCUCAAAAAGAGGUGUUCCGUAUAUUAGCGUUCUAUUUACAGGAUCAUUCUCCACCUUAGCAUUUUUUGCUGUGGAGCAAAACACUGUGGUAGUUUUUUCAAGGUACCUAAGUAUCUGCGCAUCAGCGGGACUAAUUGUGUGGACUGGCAUGUGCCUUUCAUUUAUUCGUUUUUACUAUGGGUUACAGCUGAGACCCGACAUCAUAACCAGAAACGAUGACAACUACCCAUACAGAUCACCAUUUCAACCGUAUCUGGCCUAUUUUGGAUUCUGUAUGGGGUCAAUUCUGGUACUAUCUUCUGGCUUCGUGGUGUUCCUUAACGGUCACUGGUCCACUACUUUCUUUUUCACCAGUUAUGGAUCAUUAAUACUGCUGUUCGUUUGUUAUUUUGGAUACAAAAUAUUGCGGAGAACCUCAAUUCAAAGGCUAGACCAACUUGAUUUAGAUUCUGGUCGGAGAGAAAUUGACCGAAUUAUUUGGGAAGAAGAAAAAGACUAUACGGUAACCGUGAAGGGAUGGAUACGGUUUAUUAUCAAAAAAUUUGUCUACUAA